GAUGAAACCAGGAAAAGGACAUGAACUGCCAGUCAGGCAGGGAGCGGGGAGCAAGGCUGCUCGGAGCCCAGGUGGGGGCUGCUGGCGUGGGAGAGACCCAUGAGCCGGAGGAGCGGCUGCCCUCAGGCAUGCUGUCUCCGCCACAGAAUGUGAUGCUAACAUCGGAGAAUUUCCACACUCUCUUGGCAUGGGAGCCCGGUGCCAGCUCGGGCAAUGGCACCCGAUACGAGGUUGAAAGUCGCCAGCGCUCUUCUGACUGGACCAAAGUGGACCCCUGCUGGCGGGACGGCCCCGGGGCGGCGCCCACUUGCAGGCUGUACUUCGAAGACAUGCACAACAUGUACUGGGCCAGGGUGAGAGCCACGGAUGGAGCCCGCGUGUCCGCGAUUCUGGGUCCCCCUAACCUGACUCUGACAUUGGCGAAUGAGAAUCUGACGGUAAAUCUCUCCAUGCCACUCACCCCUUAUCGCAGGAGAAAUGGCACUUACAAGUCAGUCCAGAAAGUGCUACCCAACUGGAUGUACCGGCUCAGCCUUUCCGAAGAAGGUGUUCCCAUCAACAGCCGAUUCUGGGUCCCCCUAACCUGA